CAGUUUAUUGCAAAUCUUCAAAAACGGAGCAUCAUCAAUGGGGACUCUCACAAAACAGUCGUACAUAAUUGGCUUCUUCGCAUUGGCCAUAGCGCUUUUCUAUAUUGCAGUUGAUGGCUCUAAAUUAUAUACGAAACUCAAAACUCUAGACGGUCCGAAAGAUAGCCGCGAUGACUACUUCAAAGAUGUGGCUCUCAGGUUGGGAGCAUAUGUUACGGCUGCCUUUAUUGCCAUUCUUCUAAUAUGGGGAAUUAAACAGAAAAUCCCUAUGGCCACUGUUCCCGCCAUAUUGUGUCCGCUUGGUGCAAUGGGUUAUACCAUAUUUUUUGUUGGUUAUAACUUGAUAUUUAUGCCAUUCGGCCAAUUUGAGUUGUUACAAAAGUUUUUGCCAUUUUUGGGAUUGGAAGUCCUCAUUUUCUACGUACUGGUUUCGAUGUUUCGCCAAAUUAAACACCAAAAACUGGAACAAGAGCGCCUAGAAAAUUCCCAAAACCCAAACUAGAUUUGGAUUUACCAGAAAU